UUCCGCGACCUGCUUGCUCAUUCUGAUAAUACUGCGUCUCCCUUACGCUCAGCCCUGCCCCCGUCAACUGUCAAGGCAGUCAUUUUAAACGGCUUCUAUGGCGCGACCUGCCCGGCGUUUUUCCUGCGAUCACCAACCUCGUCAGAAGCGUUCGGUUCAACUGUCCUU